UGGAGGUCGAGUUGAGCAAAGCCCAAUCUUGACAUUUUGACCUUACAGAAUCAACAUCCUAAAUCAAAAUGUCUGGAGCCGCUGGUCAAAAGUACAGAGUCUCGCUCGGUCUGCCCGUCGGAGCGAUUCUUAACUGCGCCGAUAACUCGGGUGCGCGAAACCUCUACAUCAUCUCCGUCAAGGGAGUCGGUGCCCGAUUGAACCGUCUUCCCGCCGGUGGUGUCGGUGACAUGGUUAUGGCCACCGUCAAGAAGGGAAAGCCUGAGCUCCGUAAGAAGGUCAUGCCUGCCGUCAUCAUCCGUCAGUCCAAGCCCUGGAGAAGAAAAGAUGGUGUCUACCUUUACUUCGAGGACAACGCUGGUGUCAUUGUCAACCCCAAGGGUGAGAUGAAGGGAUCUGCCAUCACUGGUCCCGUCGGAAAGGAGUGCGCUGAUUUGUGGCCCCGUAUUGCCAGCAACUCUGGUGUCGUCGUGUAAAAUAUUGUAAUGUCAUGUUUUGCUGGGUUGGUGCAUCUACACUUUCAAAAAAAUAAAAUUUCCUGAAAUAAUCAUACAAU